CUCAUCCUGCAGCCAAAGUCCACACAACAGUUAUCCUUCAGCCGGGAGAAGACACACAAUCGAGAAAACUUCUAACAUGAGAAGAAAGCCGGGUGUCCGCAUGUGCGGGCUUUUUGCCCUGUUCGGAAGCAGGACGGCGGCGGACGCUUCCACGCGCAACAACACGGGCGACGCUGCGGCCGAAGAAACCGGCCUGGAUCGGCCUGGCAAUCCAGAAGCACCUCAUUCUAGCCAGGAGAGCACGCCGAAGGCUUUGGAGUCAAGCAGCUUGCCCCUUCAACAACUUAUAAUCACAUCUGAUACUGUAGAGCCUGUAACCAAGGAAGCCAACGACUUGCGCCAGCCCUGUCAAGCUCAGCAACCGUUACCUGCACGCUGCGGGUCAUCGCCGUGGGAGAUUAAUUUCGACCGGAACCGCCGCCAGAGUCGCAUCAUCAGCCUACCCGACGAGAUCCUGCUACAAAUUAUGAAGGUUACAGAAUUGCCCGAUCUGUAUAUGCUUCGCCAGGUAUCCUUCACCUUCUGGCGCAUCUACCAAGGCAGAGAUUUCGGCAAUUUCAACGGCGAUACACGGCCAGGUUACAGAGCCGAUGAGACGGUCGCUCAACGCGCCAAGCUGCAGGCAUUCUGCGACCCUUGUUUACAGAGGAGGUUACCAUCAGAAUACAGAGAGCUCACCUUGCCAUUCCGGCAAAAGAUGUACUGCUCUCAUUGUAAGGACAGCCAUACGAGGAUGGCCUUCUCCGCCCACCAGCGCCAUUUGCCUCCAGAAGUCCGUCGGUGCAUCGCCUCGUAUUCGUUCUAUCGGCUUUGUCCUCACCUGAUGGUUCCAGCGUACUCCGUCUUGAAGAAGGCCGGGGAAGUGUACGCCAACCACUGCGAGCGGCCAUCUCCUGGACAAGAAAACAUCGUCCUUGCAAGCUGCUCCCAGUGCAAGGAUUCAGCGCUUCAGGACUUGGUCGGGUACAACAAACCCUGGUGUUUCCACCCUCCAACGUUGCGUCUUACCAAAUACCUGUGUUCGAAGGGCGAGGCGAGAUUUUACACUGCAUUAGAAUGGACCUUACCAUUCUGCAAAAUCCCUGAAGGAGGUUCUCUGACAGCCGCGUUCCUGCUUCAGAAACAAGAAGAAUUCAGGAACAGCCUCGAACUCUGCACCCUUGUCCUCGAGACCUUGUUCGAGUGUGGUAGCCCUGCCGUCGAGCCCUUGAACCCUUUUUUUGAGCCCUCGGACUGUGGUAACAGUUGUCGCGGCUUGUUUGGUGACGUUGUUGAGGUUUUGUCGCAUGGUACCAAGUCCUUGGACUGUGUUAUCGAGGUUAUUGACUCUGUUGUCAAUUGCGGUAGCCUGGCUCACUACGUUGUUGAGGUCUUUUCGUAUGUCACCAAACCCUCGGACUGUGUUAUCGAGGCCUGUGACUGUGUUGUUGAGGUUAUUGACUCUGUUGUCAAUUGCGUUAGCCUGGCUCACUACGUUGCUGAGGUCUUGUCGUAUGUUGGCGAUGAUAUUGACUUCCAAGUCUCGGACCCGGUCUUGCAGGUCCUUGAUGUCUUUAUCGGCAUCCUUCCAGGCGAGGGGGAUUGCAAUCCACUGAAGCCAGCCGGAUUUCACGAUCCUGUUCUUCAAAAAGCUCAACAACGCGAUUACGAAGUUGAUAGCGAGGACGAUGAGUUCAAAAAUCCACGUGGGCUUUCCAGAUUGACUCGCUUUCUCUUGGGCCUUGACGAGGCGUUCAAGCAAGCUGAGCAGCUGGGGACCGAUUGUGUCGUCCUGGCUGUUGCUGCGGUCGAGAAUACUUCUCGGUUGGGGAAUCUCAGGGUGAAGUGGGUUGAUCCGAUCUCUGACCUGGAGUCUGGUCUUGAGUCUGGUUUUGAGUCUGGUCUUGAGUCUGGUCUGGAGUCUGGCCUGGAAGGAAGGUGCACCAAAGAUCAAAGGGAAGGCACCUACGGCAGAACGGGAAAGUGCAUCCAAGUGGAAGGCACGCCAGCCAGCAAACGGUGA